GUGGCGCUGUAUCUUGAACAGGUAGAGACAAAUAAACACACAGGUCUGACAGGUAUAUACUUUGGGAAAGAAAGAAAAAAUUAAAACAGUUAACAGACAUGCCUCUUUCACUCUUUGGAAACAAGUUUUCUCCCAAGAAGACACCCCCAAGGCGAGCACACUCUCUGUCCAAUCUACACCUAGAUGCUUCCCAGUCCAGGGAGGAAUUCGGGCCUGAUGUGGGACCAGUCAAAUUGAAACUAGGGGGCAGUGAGAUUCAGUUUGAAAAUGGAAUGUGGGUUGCAGAGAGUGGUGCUGGGGGAGCUAGUCACAAGGAGGUGAUGAAACUUCGCAAACAGAAUCAGCUGCUGGCCGAGGAGAACAACCUACUCAAACUAAAAAUUGAUGUCCUCCUAGACAUGUUAGCAGAAGCUACAGCUGUUUCACAUUACCAUGAGAAUGAAUUAAAACAACUAAAAGGUCAAGUGGGAAGGAAGAAAUAAUUUAAUACCUCUACAAUCUAGGAAUUCAUAGACAAUAGCCUGUACCAUAGAUAUUCAUAGGAGUCAGUGUCCAUGUGUUUGUGUAAAACUCCAUCACCAGUGCCAGUCGUGUGAGAGAGGACAUUUGUUAUGAUGUAUGAAUCUGAUCUUGUCAUCCUGUGCGUCUGUUACACAUCAUUUUGUAAAAUAGAUGUACAUGUAUAUAGAAUCUUUUAGAAUAAUUUUUACCUCUAUUUAUUAAAAUUGUAUUGUUAAUUUUAUAUUUAAUAAAUUUUUUAACAAUGGAAA